GUGUUAGAUGCUCUAAGGUCUAAUUUAUCUACUUCCAUUAUAAAAAAGCUUAAUAUUAACAUAGAUGAUAUUGAUAACAAUACCCAAAACUCUCCCUAUGAAAUCACCAAAAGUCUGCCUCGAGUUUCACUCAAUGAAUCUUUUACCAAUAUGUUAGAAAAUUUGUCAGUUGAUAAGGAAAACGCAUCAAGUGAAGAAAGUAAAAUGAUGAAAUUGAUACUAGAAAUGACUAAACAAGUAUUACCGCAAAAUAGUUCAAUUAUAGAAAAACAAGAAUCUUUGGAUGCUAUGAAAGGAAUAAUACAAGGUAUCAAAAGUGCUAUAGAUAAUUGGCUUUAUCCCAACGAUAAAAUUUAUACACAAGCUAUUCAAAAAGAGCUUGAAGCUCUUUUUCCUGAUAAGAUGGGCCGGUACAAGAAAGAUUCCAAAUGGGUUGGGUUAUUUGCUAAGAUCGAAAAUUCAAUUAGUGCUGAAUCCUGCAAAUACCGUGAAUCUGAAAUAAUUGCUUGGAAAGAAAGCGAAAAAGUCCAGUGGUGUUUGGAAAACUUGGAUAGUAUGAUCAAAGAAGAAGAUAAAAUGUAUCUUCAAAUAGUUGCAAAAAAAGUAUUUGGUCGACAGCCUACCCGAAAUCAAUAUGCAGUGACAUGGGCUAUCUUACAUAAUUUAUUUGACCCCGGGCUUGUCAAAAUUAAAUUUGACGAAAAAUAUUUAACACGAAAACUGAACGCUUUCUUGCAAAACAAUGAUGAAGACAACGAAGAAAGUCAAGAAAAUAACGAGUCAA